CAUGGUUUAUAUAUAUAAUUUUCUCUUCUCCGGUUUAGAAGGGAUAGAUAUAUUCAUUAACUCUAUAUCCAUGGCUAUAAUUUCCACCACUGCAAAAUUUAUGUCAACAUCCUUGUUUAUUAUUCUUCUUCUCUUGCAGUUCUCCAUAACGAAAGGUCAUGGUGGAGACGAUCACGACGAGAACAACGGUGACCAUACAAACUUGCAUGACAAAGGCUUAAUCUUGGUGAAAACAUGGUGUUUGAUCAUUCUUUUAGUAACCACUUUUGCAGGUGGAGUCUCCCCUUAUUUCUUUCGAUGGGACGAAAGUUUUCUCCUCUUAGGCACACAGUUUGCCGGUGGGGUUUUUCUGGCCACCUCUUUGAUCCAUUUCUUGAGCGAUUCUAAUGAAACUUUCGGUGAUCUCACAACCAAAACCUACCCUUUCGCCUUCAUGUUGGCAUCGGUGGGGUAUCUUCUCACCAUGCUUGGUGAUUGCAUAAUCGUUAGUGUUACAUCGAGUAGUAAAAGAGAAGUUAGAGUGCAAGUGCAAGUGGAAGAAGGUAGGACAGCUGAUGACGAGCAUUCCAAAGAUGUGGGAAUGGAUUCGAAUAAUCCAGUUUUCUUUAAGACAACGUCUUUUGGGGAUACGUUACUCCUUAUUCUCGCCUUGUGUUUUCACUCAAUUUUCGAGGGCAUUGCCAUUGGUGUUGCAGGUACUAAGGGAGAUGCAUGGAGGAAUCUUUGGACAAUUUCACUGCACAAGAUUUUUGCAGCCAUUGCUAUGGGGAUUGCACUGCUGAGGAUGAUACCAAAGCGGCCGUUUUUGUUAACCUGUGGUUACUCUUUCGCCUUUGCAGUUUCUAGUCCCAUAGGUGUAGGGAUUGGCAUCGCCAUUGAUGCCACAACGCAAGGUCAUGUUGCUGACUGGAUUUACGCAAUCUCAAUGGGACUUGCUUGUGGGGUUUUCAUUUAUGUUGCCAUCAAUCAUCUCAUCGCCAAGGGCUUUAAACCACAAGCUAAAUGUUACUUUGACACUCCUUCCUUCAAGUUUCUUGCUGUGCUUCUUGGAGUUGCUGUUAUAGCAGUUGUUAUGAUCUGGGACUGAUAAUUGUAGCCCUGUUGGUCUAAAAUUUGUUGCUUUUUAAUCAAUUGCUACCUAUGUAAUUCCAAGAAUUAUCUAUAUUGGAGUCUAUUAUGUACUUUGUCAUAUCAAUAAUUGAAAUAUAUACAUACAAGGUUGUUCAUCAACAAAA